AGAGCAGAAGUACUGCUGCAGAUAAUGUUUCUAUUCAGCGACCAGUGUAUCAAUUGCUCUAUCAAUAUGUCAAUCAUUUCUGGAUCAGCCAAUCAAGAGAGUUUUCUGUCUGCCACAUGGUGUUUAUUGAGCUAUAUCUAUCUAAUCCAGCCAAUUCAUUGUCACACGAAAUAGCGGGAGCAUUUGUUGCAAGCCGGGGAAAAUGGAAGCUACUAACAAGCCAGAAAAACAACAACCUAGUUCAUUUGGAACUCUCCAGAAGGUGUUGAUAUUUCUUGUGGUGCUCGCUGUCUGUGUUGGGUUUUUUGUUGGUCUGUUGUUAGUGAGGACGCGUCUGACUUCUCUCGAGGAGACUGUCAAUGACUUGAGUGAAGUCUGCGAAACACCUUCCUGGGGCAGCAAUUCAAACCAGAGAAAUCGUCGAGACACUGGCUCUGUAAGCUUGGAAGAUGUUCGUAGCGAGAUUCAAACCCAGCUGCGCUCUUUAACAGCAUCUCAGUUGUGCUCACCUCCAGACAAGAUUUGUGUGGAUGGCCAGCCCGGCGCAAAAGGCGAGCCCGGAGAAAGAGGAAAAAGAGGAAAGAGGGGUUGGCCUGGCAGAAAAGGCGAUGAUGGAUUUCCUGGACCUAAAGGAUUGGAUGGACGUGACGGAAUGCCCGGCUACAAAGGAAUACAGGGGUUCCCUGGGAUUCAAGGAGAGAGAGGAGAGGACGGCGUACCAGGAAUGCCGGGUGACAAGGGUGACCCUGGCUUCAUAGGACCUUCUGGCGUGAAAGGCGAAAUAGGGGAACCAGGCUUUAAUGGGUUGCCUGGAGCAAAAGGCCAACCCGGAGCCAAGGGAGAAAAGGGAGAGUCCGGAAUAAGUUCUUAAAGGUGCUAUGUCAUGGGGUUGCGCAUCUUGAGUUUGUCGCUUGUAAUCCGUAUUAAUCUUCUCCAUCCUUAACCAGACUUGUUUCUUGAUGGUUUAUUAUUACCUCUUUGGUGUUUUUCUAUCUUAGUAAACUACUAUUUUCAGGUUUCCUUCAAUUUAAAGGCAAUUUUGUGCGUGGCCAAAAUAACUCAAAACACCCGCGAUUGAGCUCCUUUAAAUAUCGGAUGUUUAGUGGGCAAUCAGGCUGUUAAGAUUUUUAGUUAGGUUCUUAUUUUAUUCAGGGAUUUAAACUGCAACUAUACAAAACAGCACAUCUUACCAUACUGGAAUCCCGGGGGGACUCUUCAAAGUUCUAUACAGGGAGGCUGCGCCCCGACGUCCAACCCCUUACCCUUUUGUAUACUAUUUUGACAGAAAAGGUACCCUUUUAUUGCCAAAAAAGUAAGUCUUCUUUUUAUUUUCGUGCAGUGUCUAAUAAAUGAAAUGAUACAGUCAUAAGGUGCGUCUGUUUGAAAUAUUUUUAUUAAAGGCCCUUUAAAAUAACUAAACUACAGAUAUCCCUAACGUUUUAUAUACCUCAGCUAGUGAAAUCCCUACCAUUUUAUAUACCUAAAGUCUGAAAAAAGUACCUCUUUGAGGCGGAGCCUCCCCUUAUAGGCCAUUAUAGGGAAAAUCCCCGGGACUGGAAUACAUAGGAGCUGGAUUUUAAGAUAACAGAUGCGCAACUCAAGAAAUCAAAUCUGAAGUAUUGUAAUUGAAGUAAAGUAUAUUUUAGUCAUACAAUGCCUGCGUUUCGAAUUGAUCUUGCAAAUAAGAACCUGAUUCCAAUUUUAGGCCGAAUUGGUUUUUAUAGAGUGGUAGUCUAAUUUCUAAAUUUCAGUCUGUAGGUAUACAUGUACACUACGAAUAGUCCUUCUUUCGCUUAGCCCGUCGUGCGUGACGCGAAAGAAAUGGCCCUCAGGAUUUCACGCGCCCAUUUAUUCCGCGCGGUUAAUUUACGGUUUCGCUCAACGGACCAAGUGAAAGAGGAACUACUCGUAGUCUGGUACACAUGGGUAGGCCUUGGCGGAUUGUGCUAGCAUAAUUUUGGGCAUAAUUGGAACAAAAAAACAUACUUUUUUAAAGGAGCACUGCCACGGCAUAAUUAGCAAAUUUUAGCACUUUUUGGAGCAUAAAUUCAUAAAAUUUAGUAAAUAUGGUGUAUUUUCUACAGAAAUAAAUUAGAUUUGGCUAGUAUGUUUUUUUGGAAUACGUGUUUUAGCUACGGUAAUAGUAGUAUUGACUUUGUUCUGACAUGCGUAGUUACUAGGCAGCUAAUUUGGACAGCUGACGGCCGAGACAAACUGCCAUAAAACACAAAUAAAUUUACAACAACAGUUUAUUUGAAAAACA